AUUUACAAACUGCAUUUUUUUCUUGCAAGAACAAGAUGCCUACAGUGUUAACAGAUGUCUUUAGAGGCCAUCCCAUUCACCUCCCACACACUCACCAACCUGACUUCACAUCCCUUAGUGAGCUCCCGGAUUCUUACACGUGGACCUCCAAAGACGAUCCCCUCUUCAUCGCUCCUCCUUCCCCUGCGGUCGCCGGUGAAAACAUACCUCUCAUUGACCUGAACCACCCCGACGCAGCCAACCAAAUCGGCCGUGCAUGUAGAACGUGGGGUGCGUUCCAGAUAGCAAACCACGGCGUGCCUUUGGAACUUCUCCAAGGCAUUGAGUUUCUCACCGGUAGUCUUUUUCAGCUACCUGUCCAGCGCAAGCUUAAGGCGGCUCGGUCAGAUACAGGUUUCUCUGGCUACGGCGUCGCUCGUAUCUCAUCUUUCUUUAAUAAGAAAAUGUGGUCCGAAGGCUUCACCAUCACCGGUUCCCCUCUCAACGAUUUCCGUAAACUUUGGCCCCAACUUCACCUUAACUACUGCGACAUCGUUGAACAGUACGAGGAACAAAUGCAAAAGUUGGCAUCGAAGUUGAUGUGGCUAUCACUGAAUUCACUUGGCGUCAGCGAAGAAGACAUUAAAUGGGCCAGGGUCAGUUCAGAUUUAAACUGGGCCCAAUCUGCCCUCCAGUUAAACCACUACCCGGUUUGUCCUGAACCCGAUCGGGCUAUGGGUCUAGCACCCCAUACCGACUCCACCCUCUUGACCAUACUCUACCAGAAUAAUACCGCCGGUCUCCAAGUAUUUCGUGAUGAUCUUGGUUGGGUCACCGUGCCACCGGUUCCUGGAUCACUCGUGGUCAAUGUUGGUGAUCUUUUCCACAUUCUAUCCAACGGUUUGUUUAAAAGCGUGAUUCACCGUGCUCGGGUUAACCAAACCAGACCCAGGUUAUCCGUAGCUUUCCUUUGGGGUCCACGGUCUGAUACAAAGAUAUCACCUGUACCAAAACUGGUUAGUCCUGAUGAAUCGCCUUUAUACCGAUCGGUCACAUGGACAGAGUAUCUCCGAACAAAAGCAACCCACUUCAAUAAAGCUCUUUCAAUGAUUAGAAAUCACAGAGAGAAAUAAUAGUUCAUGAGAUCAUAUAAUAAUAUUUGUGAUAUGCUAGUUAAUUUGAUUAAUACAAAUUGUUGUAAAUUAUUUAUCAUUGUUUGUCUUAAUUUUAUUUGCACUAUGUUCCACACAAAAAUCUGGCACUUAUAUAAUCGUCUGAAAAAAUAAAAUUUGCAAUUAUGCGAUGAGGGUCCCAAGAAAUUAUAUGACUGAAACGCUAAAGAUAGAGUAUUUUAUACUUACAUUAAAGACAAACUACACGGUGUUUGUUCAGGCUUCUACACAAUUCAGCUUGUUUGAUUGCUAUCUGACAGAUUGUCUGGAAAAAACGAAAGAUCACACCUAAUAUGAUCAUAUGUCCAAACCUAAAAAAAAUGACCAAAAUAAAUACAAUCUUAUUCUUAUCCUACUUCUACAAGAGAUAUACAGUAUCAUCAUAAUAUGCCCAUCUUUAUGAAAAUUUUCGUGUUGAAUUGUCACUGAUUAGAAAAUAGAUAAACAUUUUGGUAUAGUGGAGACUUGAAAUAAAGUGAUUUAGAACUUUUUGAUCUUCAUUACCAAAACUGCAAAAUAAUAGUAGUAAAUAAAAAAAGUAAAGAGUAAAUAUUAAGGCAAUCUCACUGGAAAUUCUAUAAAAGUAUCUAAAAUUCAAAACAUUAAAAAGUAUAAAACUAAAAAAUUAUCACUACGGCUCGGAUCAAUCAGUUCAGUAUGCUUUCAAACAAGUCUACUUUGUAUCUAAAUGCGUUUUUCCAAAACCGAGUAGCCGUUAAAGUAUAAUAUAGAAAAAAGUAUAAAAAAUUGUAAAAAGGUGGUGAGAGAAGUAAAUGACAUUCUCAUCCCAUAAACUAAAAAAAAAACUCUCGUGUGAUGUGUUGCAUGUUAUUAGUCCAUCUUACUUUUAUGAUUUUAAAUUAUUAAUUAAAUUAUGUUCAAUUUAUUAAUAUUUCAUUUAUGAGAUGCUUUGUUUGAGAUAAUGUACAUGCUCUUAGUGAAUGCCCCAUAACAGUAUAAACGAGGCCCAUUUUCUACUAUUUUUGUUUGAAAAAGGGUUUAAACAAAGUAAACACACUAUAGUUUUAGAUUAGUGAUAUGUAGGCAAUAUACACACACUAUUGGUUCCGAAGACAACAUAAAGCAGACAUCUUACUACACAACAAGAUUACGAAAGGCAUAUAUUUUGGUUGAAAUCAAUAUCAGGUGUGUGUAUAAUUGUGAUUAGGGUUCAUAGUGGGUGCCAUAAAUCAUAGUAGGCCUUGGUCAUGGUACAGUGAGCCUUGAGACGAAUCUCCAAUGUUUCGUAGAUCCUUCAUGGCGAAAGGGCUAAGGAUGGUCGUUGUCCACCUCUUUUUCUGGUGUUGAUAUAUAUCAUCCCUUCUUGAAACGAGAAGAGACCAAAUGAAUACCUCACUUCCACGCUCUCUAUCUCCACCUUGUGAUAAACACGCCUUGAUUCUAUCGUUUCUUCACCCGUUGUUAACUUAUUUAACUAAAGAAACAAAGAAUUAGAAAUAUAUAAAGGUUGUGUUGUCUAAAAUAUGUGAUUCAUCCAAGAAAUUAAAACUAAAUUUACUUGAAUAUUUACGUAACAGUUUUUCUUGGUCGAGUAAUUGA